ACGACGGAGGGCAGCUUCAAGGAAUCCCCCAUCGCGCAGGCGGUCGCUGUGGAAGGCGGAGACAGAGAAUCUGACAAAAAGAAUCGCGAGCGCCUUUGUGCGGAAGCCCUCUCGCAGCUGCCGGGCUCCAAGAUUGACGGGGAGUACGACCCCUUAAUGCUUGACCUCUUCGUCUACCGGCGUGCCGUUGCUCCGCGGGACACCGCCUGGGAGAGUGCCCCAUUGGUCCUCCACGACGAGGGACUCAUCACAGUCAGGGUUGGCUGGCCUCCACAUGAACCCGAGCAGCCAUGGGACCUAGUGGAAGCUAUGACGAGGAUCCUUGGCCACCAUCCGGGCCCAGUAUCUUCGUUCCGCCUCCAUUCGUCGCUCUCGCCCGACGUGGACACGCUGGGCUGCUGGAUGGAUUUGCUCUCAGAGAAGGGAGUCGCAGUGCGCACGUACGUGACAGUUGAUCGCAUUAACUUCCAUCGUAUCCUCGCAGUCGCAUGCGGCAGACAACCUCGAUCCAUGUGAAAAUUAGAGUAUACUAAAGUUGUCUGCACCAGAUUAUACAUAUGAUUGUGUAAUUUAACACUUAGAAUUCCCGAAAGAGUCCCGGUCGCACCGAUUCCUCCCACGAGUCCCUAGACGGCAGGUGCGCUCCCACGGUCGCCCUCCACACCCACGGUCCCCCAACCACGUCAGUGCUCCCAGAUCGGCAGAUCGUGCAAGCGCAUAGAUUUAGGAGAUCUUUUUAUGGUAGUUACAAUUAGCGGAUGUUGUUGUGGAUACGUGUAAGCUAUGCUAGUGUGAAUCAUAAAAUUGUUUGUUAA